AUGCAGAGUGUCGUUACCUUCGGCGCUUCUUUCUGCCGCUUCCUUUUGCGAAUGAACGACGACGAGGCGGCAUUCCUCCAGCGUUCGCGCAAGCUCAUGGCUGGCCUGGACGACACACUGGAGGCACUGGGAGAUCCAGGGCCGGCGAUUGCUGUGCUGGCUGACGAAGACAGCGACCCUGAAGUCGAAAUGAAGAGCGAGUCGGACGAGGAUGCGAAGGAGGUUUUGCUCGACCCCAGCCCCUUGCGCCACCGCCGGAGCCGCGAAGACGAGCGCAAAAGCAAGGAGGUGUGGUUUCAUGAGUAUCGAAAGAUGGAGAGCUCGCUUCGCAAAGCCCUCGCUACGGUAACGACAGUGGCCAAAGAGAAACAACGCGCAGAGAAGAAGGCUGACAAUGCGCUCAAGGAGGUCGGGGUGUUAGAGCGCGAAACGAAGGAUUUGAAGGGGCAGCUUGAGACGAUGGACCAGCAAAUGUCAGAGCUUCGCACUGGCCCCUCGACGACAUCGGAGGCACUCGCCACUCUUCGCGCCAAGUACGACAAAGUGAAGGAACAACGGAAGGAGCAGCGGAAGACAGUUGCCGAAUGGGAUGCGUAUGCGACAGAUCUCCAAGGUCAAAUUGCCACAUUGAAGGAGAAAAAGGAAUCGAUGCAGGAGACCGUGCGGGACUUGAAAGCUGAAGUCGAGUUGCUACGCAAAGAAAACAAAGACCUUGGCGCUGUACAGGUCGAGAAGAAGGAGCGGUCGCAGAAACAAAACGACCAGGAGACUGUCGUGCUUAUUGCGGCAUAUGAGUAUCAAGUUGCUCGAGCGGCGGAAUCUGCGGUUUCGCGAUGCCAAACACGGCUGAUGUCCCUUUCCUCCGGCAGGAGCUCCACGGUCAAGCACACGAAUUUGCCGCCAUCGUAUAAUAUUUGUCAAGCAAGUGAGAAUCUGUUUGCGUUCCUAGCCAGGGACGCUACAACCCAAAGCUUCAUGAAUCACGUCCUGUUCUUACCUAACCGCACCGUGUCCUGCGCAAGCGUCGGCUACCUCGCGUUUGCGCCAACUGUGGUGUACGAUGGCGCGAGAAAGGAGUGGAAGGAAGGGUCCGACCUCGGGCCACUGGUGCACAGCACUCGCGAACUGUUCAUCACGGUCCAGCGUGCAGGCCAGGGCGGGUAUAUAACCUACGCAGGGACGUUCCUCUGCCACCAGCUAGUUUAUCCGCGCGCGACCCGCCCGCACAAGUCGAUCGACACCAAAGCGCUCAUGGAUAUUGCAUUCGGCACGCCGUCUUGCGUGUCGGCGGAAGAGGCUGACCGGCUUGUUCGCGCCAAGUUUCCCGCGGGGUUCAUAGACGUCGAAGUCGUUGGUCUGCAGCUCGUGGGAUUCAAUACCGCGCUGUACAACGCGCUCAAGGCGCGCCAUGGUGUUGUCCUCGUGACGGGCGGUCAGCAGCAGCCCCCGCCUGUCGUGCCCGCAAAGCGCCCUGCGGCUGUGAUGGCUGGCGGCGCCGCAUCAAAGGAGGGAGAGAAGGGAGGACGCGGCGGGAAGCCGGCAUGGAAGAGAGUUAAGACUACAUAG